AUGAGUGUCCGCAAAAAAGCUGGAAGCCUUAAUGGACCUGUGAACCUGCAGUCUGGAAUUGAACAGACUGGCAGCUUGGGCUUGCAGAAAAGGUACAGUUUGGCUGUUGGUCCUCCCAAAAAGGUUCCAAAAGUCAAGGGUGUAGAGUCUGCAGCAGUACAGUUUCUCAGACGGCAAGAAGAAGAAAAAAGAAAAAAAGCACUGGAAGAAAGAAGAAAGAAAGAGCAGCUCUUGGCUAGACGUAUUGAACUGAAACAUGACAGAAAGGCAAGAGCUAUGGCCUCACGAACAAAGGAUAAUUUUUAUGGUUUUUUCAUUCCUGUUGAAGAGAAGACUAAAAAGAGGAGGACUUGUGAGAAUGUUGCUCAGGCCCCGGAGGCUGAGUAUGCAACAGAAGAUGAAACUGAGCAAGUCGAAUACAGUCAGACUGAAUCUGAGCAUGAACAAGAAGAAUAUGAAGAGAAACCAUCCAAAGUUGCAGUGAAACCAAAGGCACCUCCCAAAAGCGCACCAGCACCUCUGAACUUUGCAGAGCUCUUGAGGCUUGCUGAAAAAAAACAAUACGAACCAGUGGAAAUAAAAGCAGUGAAAAAGGUAGAAGAGAGACCCAGAACAGCAGAAGAAUUGAGAGAGAGGGAGUAUUUGGUACGCAAAAACAGAAGAGUAGAAAUGCAUAAGAAAAGUGAGAAGGAGAUUAAGAAUACAGGGAUAUCCAGUUCUUCAAAAAAAGUGACUUCUCAGAAAGAAUCUGUAAAUGCAAAACUUAACAAAGGCUCAGCAGAUAAACAUUCCACACCAAAAGGCAGUCUGUCAUCUUCUAUGAGUGGUACUGAUAAGAAAUCCAAAGCACCAGCAUUGACUGAAAAACACUCACGGUCAUCUUCUUCCUCAAGAUUUGAUCAAAUGGAAAAAAACUCACAAAAUGGCUCCUUAAAAAGCUCUACUGGUAACAGUCAUAGUAAAUUACCUGUCAAUGGUAUUGGAAAGUCUGGCUCAAGCUCUCAUGUGCCACCCUCAAAACCAGUGGCCAAUGGGGCUCAGAGGCUACCAUCUGCUAAAGAAUCCGGCCUGAAAAAGUCUUCCCAUACAAAAUCGGGAAGUGCUGCAGCCCUUCAGCAUGGAAUCAACUCAAAUGCAAAACGAUCAGGCAGCAGCUUGGGAAAAGGAGGACCUGGACAUCCAGGUGGCAGUUCAAGUGCAGGACCUGGGCGAUCAAGCAGCAGUUCCGGUGUGGGACCUGGAAGGCCAGGAAGUAGUUUAAGCGCAGGACCUGGGCGACUGGGCAGCGGCUCAGCCACAGGACCUGGAAGGCCGAGCAGCAGCUCAAGCCCAGGACCUGGGCGACAGGGCAGUGGCUCAGGCCUGGGAGCUGGAAGACCUGCUGGCAGCUCAAGCGUGGGACCUGGGCGACCAGGCAGCAGCUCAAGCGUGGGACUUGGGCGACCGGGCAGCAGCUUGGGGACUGGACCGGGAAGGCCAGGCAUCAGCACAAAUGCAGGACCUGGGCGACCAGGCAGCAGCACGGGUACGGGACCAGGAAGGCCAGGAGUCAGGCCAGGCACUGGACCUGGGCGACCAGGCGGCAGCUUGGGAACAGGACCAGGAAGGCCAGGCAUUGGCCCGAGCACAGGACCUGGGCGACCAGGCAGUGGCUUGGGUACAACUGUAAAACCGAAGUGUACUGUUGUAUCAGAAACUAUUUCUUCGAAAAACCUUGUCACAAGACCUAGCAAUGGACAGAUAAAUGGAAUGAGAUCUUUUCAAGGACAUAGGCCUGUGUUUCAUCCACAAGGUCUUGGAAGACCACCUGUUAGUUACAAGAGACAGAUGGAAGAUGAUGAUGAUGAUGAUGAAUAUGACUCUGAAAUGGAUGACUUCAUUGAAGAUGAAGGGGAACCCCAAGAAGAAAUAUCAAAACAUAUUCGGGAAAUAUUUGGCUAUGACCGGAAAAGAUACAAAGACGAAAGUGACUAUGCCUUACGUUAUAUGGAGAGCAGCUGGAGAGAGCAACAGAAAGAAGAAGCUAGGAGCUUGAGACUUGGUGUUCAGGAGGACUUAGAAGAAUUGAGACGGGAAGAAGAAGAAUUGAAACGCAAGAGACAGUCUAAGAAGCUGAGGACACGUUAA